AUGGAGGUUUGCUUGGCGUAGCGUUCAGUGUUGGCCUUUCGGGGCAGCAGCACUGUCCACGCCGCGCACGCGCACGCGCACUCGAGUCCCCGCUCUCCCAACCUCCACCCGGGACCUCGCCAUGGCCGCGCCGUGCGGCCGCGGCGCGCUGCGGCUCGUGCUCAUCGCCGUCUCCGCGGCCUUCCUCACCUACAACGUGCUCCUCUCCUCCCGUUCCCUCCUGCCCCUCCCCACCGCCUCCUUCCCCGCCGCCACCACCGCAUCCUCCUCCUCCUCCUCCCGCCGCCUCGCCUCCGGUCGCGCCGGCGGCACCGGCGGGCGGAGGCUGUUCCACACCGCGGUGACCGCGUCGGGGUCCGUGUACAACACGUGGCAGUGCCGCGUCAUGUACCACUGGUUCAAGCAGGCGCGGCGGCGGGCGGGCGGCGCCGACAUGGGCGGCUUCACCAGGAUCCUGCACUCCGGGAGGCCCGACGAGUUCGUCCACGAGAUCCCCACCUUCGUCGCCGACCCGCUCCCCGACGGGGCGGAUCAGGGAUACAUUGUUCUUAAUAGGCCCUGGGCAUUUGUUCAAUGGCUCCAGAAGGCAGACAUUCCAGAAGAAUAUAUCUUGAUGGCAGAGCCAGAUCAUCUUAUUGUCAAACCAAUCCCAAACUUAUCAAGAGAUGGCCGGGCAGCAGCUUUCCCUUUCUUCUAUAUCGAGCCCAAAAAAUAUGAAAAAGUGCUGCGUAAAUUCUUCCCUGAAAAGGAAGGGCCGAUCACUAACAUUGACCCAAUAGGAAAUUCUCCUGUCAUCAUUGAGAAGGAAUCUCUUUCUAGGAUCGCACCAACAUGGAUGAAUAUUUCGUUAGCAAUGAAGAAAGAUCCCGAAGCAGAUAAAGCAUUUGGCUGGGUUCUUGAAAUGUAUGCGUAUGCUGUAUCAUCUGCUCUCCAUGGAGUGGGGAACAUCUUACACAAGGAUUUCAUGAUUCAGCCACCAUGGGACCUUGAAAUUGGUGAUUCAUUUAUUAUACAUUAUACUUAUGGGUGUGAUUAUGAUAUGAAGGGCAAAUUAACUUAUGGCAAAAUUGGAGAGUGGAGGUUUGACAAAAGAUCGUACGAGAAUAAACCUCCUCCUAGAAAUUUGCCAUUACCUCCGAAUGGCGUACCUCAAAGUGUGGUGACACUUGUGAAAAUGGUUAAUGAAGCAACGGCCAGCAUACCCAACUGGGAAUCGUACGCUGCCGAGUGACCUUGUGCAAUCUGAUACUUGUCAAGCCGAUUUGAAUCGCAAAAAAAAAGCCGAUUUUGUUCGCUCGAUCACCGGCCAAGCUUGGAUAAGUGGCUCAUACGAAUUUAUCCAGGGCCCUGACUCCAAGCGUGUGUAUUCUGGCCUUGGAUUGCCGAAAUCCGGAAGCAAAACCAGUGCAAAAACAACAUGAUCUCCUUAGUUACAGUCACACAUAUAGGAUGUCUUAGGUGAGAAUUACAAUGGAAAUGAGUGUGAGGCGUGUUGAGCUCUUGUUCUUGAUGCUCAUUCCUGACUUGUGAGUUGUGACUUCAUCCUGAGUCCUUUCCGCUUCAGAAAAGUCACGGACACUGUAUUUUAGGCAAGACAAUGGAAUCCUCUGUUUACUUGUUUUUUCAUUUGAACAGAAGCUGCAAUGCAUGAAUCGAGUAUUCAAGCUUGAUGAGUAAUAUAACUGUGGUUGUAUAGAAAGAAUUUGCCCUUCAAGAAGUGAUAUAUUCGCCCUUA